GCCUCCCUCCCUCGCUUCGCCCUAGCGGGUCUGCUCGCGCCGGGCGCAGGGCGCGCGCCAUGAAGGCGGUGAGCCCCGUGCGCCCCUCGGGCCGCAAGGCGCCGUCGGGCUGCGGCGGCGGGGAGCUGGCGCUGCGCUGCCUGGCGGAGCACGGCCACAGCCUGGGCGGCUCGGCGGCGGCUGCGGCGGCCGCGGCGGCCGCUCGCUGCAAAGCUGCCGAGGCGGCGGCCGACGAGCCGGCGCUGUGCCUGCAGUGCGAUAUGAACGAUUGCUACAGCCGCCUGCGGAGGCUGGUGCCCACCAUCCCGCCCAACAAGAAAGUCAGCAAAGUGGAGAUCCUGCAGCACGUUAUCGACUACAUCCUGGACCUGCAGCUGGCGCUGGAGACGCACCCGGCUCUGCUGAGGCAGCCGCCGCCGCCCGCGCCGCCGCACCCCCCGGCCGGGACCUGUCCGGCCGCGCCGCCGCGGACCCCGCUCACCGCGCUCAACACCGACCCGGCCGGCGCGGCGAACAAGCAGGGCGACAGCAUUCUGUGCCGCUGAGCGCGGGCCAGGUGUGCGGCCACCGCAGCCCGAGCCAGCAGGCUGGAGAGGGAGGGGGAAGAGCAGAAGUGAGAGAGAGAGGCACCGGAGGAAAGGAGAAAACAUCGGCAAACCCCAGGAACGUUUUCACCCGUCAUUCCAAGAGAGAGGGAAAGGAAAGAAAAAUUAAAAAAAAACUUUCAUCUUUUUUUUUCUUUCACGUUCAUAAAUAUUCUACAUCCCGUAUUCUGUUUUGUCUUUUCAUUUAUAACCGCUGUGAAUUGUACAUUUCUGUGUUUUUGGGUUUGUUUUUUGUUUUUGUUUUUGAGGUGCAGUUAAACUUUGAAGCUUAAGUGUAACAGAACUGAUAAAUAGAAAGGCAAGAGUAAAUAGGACUUUAGAAGCCUACUUGUGACCAAGGAGCUCAAUUUUUUGUUUUGAAGCUUUACUAAUAUACCAGAGCAUUGUAGAUAUUUUUUUUUUUUUUACAUCUAUUGUUUAAAAUAGAUGAUUAAAACGGGGCAGGGAACUUUCCCUUUUUUCCCUGCAAGAAUGUUACAUAUUGUAUAGAUAACUGAGUGACAUUUCAUACCAUGUAUAUAUAUAGAGAUGUUCUAUAAGUGUGAGAAAGUAUAUGCUUUAAUAGACUACUGUAAUUAUAAGAUAUUUUUAAUUAAAUAUUUUUUUGUAAAUAUGUGUGUCUUUUUUAAAUCUAUGGGAAUAUUUCUUUUGGAAAAUUAUUUUUCAGCUCAAUUGCAGAGCUCUUGAUAUUUUGAAUGUCUUUUCUGUUUGGCUUGGCUUUUUAUUUGUUUUUGUUUUGCGAAGUACCAUGUAGAAUCGGAAGUAACAGUUACAGGUAGUGGUCCUGCAUGACUGCAUGAAAUGUUUAAUCACAAAAUAAAACUUGUUCUGAGUCCAUUCAAAUGCCUUUUCUUUAACCUACAUUGAAAUCUUCGUGUUUGAAGCAUACAUGUUGGAAAGAUAGUGUAUCAGUUUUUAAGUACGGGGCUUGAUGGUGUAAUAUAAUAUAUAGAGUCAGUGUUUGUUAUUUGUGUUUUGAUUGAGGUCAACAUGGAUUCUGAAUGAUUGUGCAUAUGGGAUAGAGAAAUGCUUGGAUCCUUAGGAGUUUAUGGAAUCUGUUUCAUCAAAGGGGGGAGGGGGGAAGCUUAUCAUUCUUCAUUUUACACUAAAGUUUCAUGUUUGUACAGAUUAUUUAAAUCAUAGAAAUGAAAAAUGUUCUCUGCUUGCUACCAAAGGACAACCUCUUGGAAAUGAACACUUUCUGCUUUCCUUCCUCCAAAGAAUAUUAAUAGGCAACAGUGAGAGAAAAAAAAUAAAAAUAAAAAGGCAUAAUGGCAAACCCUUCAAGCAGGGAUAAAAGUCGAUCUUCAAACAUUAACUUAAGUAGACCAAAAAUUGAUGACCACCUCUAGAUUAUUUUUUUAUAAAAAUGAUUUUCACUAUAGCUAUGUUAGUUACCGGUAAACUGUCCAAUCUCUUGUGAUGUGCAACUUUUACAUGUGAAUAUUAAAGUAGAUUUAUCUGUCUUGUACUGUGAUUUCUGGUCUCAUUUCUUCAAAACCUUGUAAGACUUUUCUAAGGAAGGUAAUAUUUUCUAGGUUAGAUGGGACUGUCGGGGCCUGUGAACAUUGUGCAUUUAAUGUGAUCAGUACUUUACACACCAGUUACAAGAAAUUUUUAGAGUGAGAAUUAAGUAGGAUUUAAUUGGGUGCUUUGUAAAUAGUCAACUGUGUGUGUAACGUGGUCUGUUUGACUUUUAAAAGGAAAGGAUUUGUUUCAGAUUAUACAAGAAUAAAAGUAUUAUAGACCCAAGGGACUUUUUAUGAGGUCAAAGUCAAAUACCCGUAUAGGAAUAUGAAAUAUCAUGGUGCCUAGUAAGUGGGAAUGGUAGUGUCUCAACAGAAAUGAAGAAAGUUGAUGCUAGUCAGUUAAAAUAAAUGGAAAGGUGAUAAAAAUCUCUCUCCCCAGCAUGCUAUCCCCUCAGCUUUGACAAUUCACUAGUCUUUAGCAUUUUUAGAAUUUGAUGUGUUGGAUGUUGAGCCUUGUAAGUCAAAGGACUGCUUGUUUAGAUGAGGCUCGUUUUCAUUUUUUACGCUGUUCGUUUUUGUCACACACCAAGAGGAAAACACAACGUUGCUGGAAUUCCAAAUCUGAAGAAUUCCAAGGACUGUGUUCUUGGUUAUUAAAAGGGGGACAAUUCCUCCUUUUUGUUUGGCAGUUUAAUUUCAGUAGGAAGCAAGUCACAUGCGUGCUGUUGGUUGGAGUUCAGCAUCUGUCAGCCUUAUUGCUGAACCUACCUAAGCCUUUGGGCUCAUUGUAAACUUAUGCUAGGAAGAUCAUGAGGCUCCGAGCCAAUGGAUGAAUAUGUUUGGUUUUUGAAGGAAAGUUGCUCUUUCGUUAAUUUUAUAUUUUGGGCAUGAAAAACUGCUAAAAGGGAAGAAGAUGUUAUAGAUGCCACAUUUUACACAGUUGGCAUUUUCUCGUUAGCAUUGGAUGUCCAAAGAAACAAAGUCAGUGUUUAUUUUUAAGAAAUUAUAUGCAGCUGUAUAACUUACUACAUUCUAUUAAAAUGUUGGCUGUGUCCUAACCAAGCAACAAGAUAACAAAAACAUUUUGAGUCAUUUAUCUAGCAAGUUCUAAUUGUUCAGAGAGUUGGUUGAACAGAGGAAAAUAUCCUGACUUCUCUCAUUUCAUUUGUCUACUUUUCAUUGUAUAGGCACAACCAAAGAGUAAGAAUCAUUUAAAACCUUCAACAGAAAAAGAAGAAGAAAAGUGUCCCACAAUGGGAUGUUUCCAAUGUGGUUAUAGAAACCUAAACAUCUGAGAUACCUGAUGUUAAAGAAAAAAAACAAGUACGCCCUUUUCGUUUCAAAGAACUAAUAUACUUUGAUAUUGUGUAAAUAUUACUCAAGGUCAUUGUCAAGCUUUAACUGAACUUUUAGAACUUUAAAAAAUUUUGACACCCCCCUCCCCCCAAUCUAUUGUAUUAAAUGCCUUCUAUAAUAAUAAAUCUUCACUGAGCAAAGG